GAACAGUUGUAUUGAUUUAUAUCCAUGUUCAAUCAUAUUCAAUUAAAAGUUUAUUACUAUAUUUGCAAUAGUAUUACCUUUUUGAUAGAAAACAGCAAAUUGAUACACAGAUACAUACGUAUCCCCACUAUUGCAUAAGGGUGAAAUUGGAUUACAGUUACCAAAGAGAUCCCGCCAUGCUAAAUAGUGCCACAACCCAUGUCGCAGGGCCGCCAGAGUUUAUCUGAGCGGAUCAGCCAAAGUCGAGCCUCACAGAUCGAAGGCGGCGCCAAAGAGAACACAAGCCGCCAUUCUUCCAAUCAAACAGUCCUUAAAUUCGUAUCACCAGCUCCGACAGGGCCGUUGGUCCCAAACAGCAGUAUGUCCAACAGAAGUCGCGCGCAAAGUCUGCGGACUCCAAGUGCGGAUCGGGAGCUGCUUCGGACUCUCACCGUCUCACCGAAUCAGGGAAACGCGGAGGCCACUCCGACACCAGAUCCGGAUGUGACCGUUAACUCAGCAUUAAAAAAAUCUCACAGUCGGAGGUCUGGACCGGAAACAGACGCCACUCAGGGAACACCGGUGUCUCACGGAUCGCAGGCGUCACAGAUGCGUCAGUCGUUUAUCACACCCACGUGUUCCGAGACCGGUAGCCCUAACCAAACAUGGCAGGACGGCGAAAGUACGAGAGGGGACUCAAGCCAGUCGGGCACUGAGAGCAGAAGAACUGUUGUCCGUUUGCCGACACCGCCGAAUGACAUCCGAGGGGAUUCUUGGCAGUCGGACAAAAAUGUGCCCGAGGCAAACAACUACAUGCUCAAAUACGAGGUGUGCACAGAUGCCACAUUUCUCGUGGGCGAAGAUAAAGAAGAGAUUCGCGUGCACAAAUACGUGCUUAUUUCUAGGAGCCCGGUUUUAUUCCGCUCCCUUGCAAAACACAUGCUUAACCCGGAUGUCCGGAUUGACGUGCCGGAUAUUAAAGCUGACGCUUUUAGGGAUGUUUUGCAAUACAUGUACACGGACGAAUUUGACAUCCACGCAGAGAACGCGCCUACGAUGCUAUACGCGGCCAGAAAGUUUCAACUGAAGGGCCUCUCCAGCCUUUGCUUUCAGUUCCUCGAUGCCGAGAUGCAUGAUGAGACCGUCUGCAAAAUCAUGGAGCAGGCACACAUCUACAAUGAAAACUCUCUUUAUGAGAAGUGUGUACGAUUUAUUUACAUAAACGCAAACUCCGUAUUGCGAAAACCAUCGUUUUCGGAACUUUGUGCGGAAUGCGUAGAGCGUAUAAUAAAAGCGGACGAUCUGCGUGCGCCGGAGGAAGCGGUGUUUGAAGCGUGCAUGACCUGGGCGAACGCGGAAUGCCGACGGCAGAAGAAACAACCGACGGACGAAGUUCGAAGGAAAGUUUUGGGGAAACUGUUGUACUUGAUUCGAUUCCCGACUAUGGCUGUGACGUAUUUUACCCAGAAGGUGUCGCUUGGCCAGCUUCUCUCCCAUGAUGAGACGCUCUCGAUAUUUCAGUAUUUUCAUGGCGAAGAGCAGCAGCUCCCGAGCCGCUUUAGUCGCCUCGAAAGGAACCAGUUCCCGAGGACGCUCGCCGAAAACACGGAACCGGUUAUGUUGGAUAACAGACGCAGUCCUGCCAUGGCACGCGUCCGCAGAUUUGCGGCGGUUGACGGCCAGUGGAAGCAAAAUGGACCUCCGGACUCCAUCUCAUUUAGCGUUUCUCAGCCUAUCGUUCUUUACGGUAUCGAGGUCUAUGGCGCUGCCUCCGGAAAGGAAACUUACAAGUUGAAAAUAUUAGUGUAUGACGACAUAACUCGUGAAGAAAUUCGUAAAAACGACUCUACCAUAUUCACAAACAACAUGAGAGAUACGUAUGACGUAUUUUUGUCCCGCCCGUUACGCAUUCCGCCCAAGCGCGUGUUUACGGUGGUCGUGUGUCUGCGAGGGCAGCCAACACACAAGGGUGUUGACGGAGAAAAGACGGAAAUCGUUGACGGCGUAACAUUCGAGUUUUCCGAAAGUAACCGGAGCUCGAACGGAACAGGCGUUAACGUCGGCCAAAUACCGGCACUGUUGUUUAACAAGACACAAUAAUAACUUUUAUUUCAAAGCUUUAAUUGGAAAUAUGUAUAACAAGUGGCUAAUGCCGACACCGUAUUAAAGCCGGAUUCUUCAUUUUGACAAUUGUGAUUUUGCAGCAGGAAAAAGUAUAUGCUGCUGAGCCAUAACAAUUCACUGUUCAGACCCAAAUGUUUUUCUGACCCAAUAUGAUCCAAAUUCACACUGGUUCUAAAUAAUUAAAUGCUGAGAAAAAUUCUG